CCUUGCCUGCUUACGGUUUAAUGGCGCACAUCACCAUAAAUCAGUAUUUGCAGCAAGUACAAGAAGCCAUUGACAGCAGAGAUGGACAAUUUUGUGCGGAAUUAGUAUCAUUUAAACAUCCACAUGUAGCAAACCCAAGACUACAGCUUCCAUCUCCAGAGGAGAAGUGUCAACAAGUUUUGGAGCCACCAUAUGAUGAAAUGUUUUCAGCCCACUUAAGGUGUACUUAUGCUGUUGGAAACCAUGAUUUUAUAGAAGCAUACAAAUGCCAGACAGUUAUUGUCCAAUCUUUCCUGCGAGCAUUUCAGGCACAUAAAGAAGAAAAUUGGGCCUUACCUAUUAUGUAUGCUGUAGCCCUUGAUCUUCGAAUUUUUGCUAAUAAUGCAGAUCAACAGCUUGUGAAGAAAGGGAAAAGCAAGGUUGGUGACAUGUUGGAAAAAGCAGCAGAACUACUGAUGAGCUGUUUUCGAGUCUGUGCCAGUGACACACGAGCGGGCAUUGAAGACUCCAAAAAGUGGGGCAUGUUGUUUCUUGUUAAUCAGCUGUUUAAAAUUUAUUUUAAGAUCAACAAACUCCAUCUAUGUAAGCCCUUAAUUAGAGCAAUUGACAGCUCAAAUCUGAAGGAUGAAUAUAGUAUGGCACAGCGAGUUACGUACAAAUAUUAUGUUGGACGCAAAGCCAUGUUUGACAGUGACUUUAAGCAAGCUGAAGAGUAUCUGUCAUUUGCCUUUGAGCACUGUCACCGAUCAAGCCAGAAGAAUAAAAGAAUGAUUUUGAUCUACCUGCUGCCAGUAAAAAUGUUGUUGGGCCAUAUGCCAACAGUUCAGCUCUUAAAAAAGUAUGACCUUAUGCAGUUUGCUGAAGUAACAAAGUCUGUGAGUGAAGGCAAUCUUCUUCUACUGAAUGAUGCUCUGACAAAGCAUGAGACCUUCUUUAUUCGAUGUGGAAUCUUUCUUAUCCUUGAGAAGCUGAAAAUCAUCACAUACAGAAAUCUCUUUAAGAAAGUAUAUUUACUACUCAAAACCCAUCAGCUAUCUCUAGAUGCCUUUCUGAUUGCCCUGAAGUUCAUGCAAGUAGAGGAUGUUGAUAUUGAUGAAGUCCAGUGCAUUUUAGCUAACCUUAUAUACAUGGGUCACAUUAAAGGCUACAUAUCCCACCAGCAUCAGAAGCUUGUGGUCAGUAAGCAGAACCCAUUUCCUCCACUGUCAACGGUGUGUUGAGUAUUGCAUCUUAUCCAUGCAAGUGCUUCCCAGGUACUCGGCUUGUCCAGUGGAACUGCUCCUAAUCACCCCAAGGACACUGUAAAUUGCCUGGUUCAUGUCCAGAACUGGAAUACCAGGAACUGUUUGUGGCUCCUUUCCCAGAAGGACCAAGACUGCCAGUGUUACAAAGUGCGUUGGAAUGAAAUGCUGACUUUUAAAUAAUAAUUUCCACAGGCUUUCUAGAUAAUUCCAAGUAUUUCCUGAAGAAAUAAAGCAAAGCAUUCCAAAUUACUCACAAAUUACUUAAAAGUUUUUAUAAAGUACUUUGUGUUACUAUUUUUGCAUUUAUCUUUCAGAGAGAAGUGUCAGCCUUUGUUACUCGUGUUCAUCCAUUCUUCAGAAUGGAAAUAAUGUUUUCUUACAUGGUUUCCAUUUUUUUUAAGUCUCUUUGAUUAUCUUGCUGGUAUUAAAUAUUCUCUUCAAGCUUUCUCUAGAAACUAGAGAAGUGCUUGACACCAAAA